UUGCCGUAUUGCAUUUAAUAGGGUAACAACAAAAUGUCGAAAAGACACAGAAUCGACGUUGGCGACUCUUUGCCAAAACGUACACGGGAAGAAAUGGAUAAAAACAUGUCCAAAGAUGAUAAACCUUCAAAAAGUAUAUUUGAGGAGUUCAAUAUACAAAAACCAACAAUUAAGAUGAAUCCAUUUACAGGGAUGCCAUAUACACCCAGAUUCUUUGAACUAUUCAACAAAAGAUCUCUUCUGCCUGUAUGGGAAUACAAAGAUAAAUUUCAUGAUGUACUAGAAAAACAUCAGUGUUUGGUAUUGGUAGGGGAAACAGGUUCUGGUAAAACAACUCAGAUUCCCCAAUGGUGUCUGGAAUGGGUCAGAGCAAGAUUCAAUAAGAAGGGUGUAGCUUGUACCCAGCCUAGGAGAGUAGCAGCUAUGUCUGUAGCACAGCGUGUGUCCGAGGAAAUGGAUGUGUGCCUGGGGUCAGAGGUUGGAUACAGUAUACGAUUUGAAGACUGCACAUCAUCAAGAACUUUAUUAAAAUAUAUGACAGAUGGUAUGUUGUUACGAGAAGCUAUGUCUGACCCUUUACUUGAGAAUUAUGGGAUAGUCAUGCUUGAUGAGGCUCAUGAACGUACACUGGCCACAGAUAUAUUAAUGGGUUUGUUAAAGGAAGUCAGUAAACAAAGAAAAGACUUGAAGAUCAUCAUUAUGAGUGCUACAUUGGAUGCUGGAAAGUUUCAGCAUUAUUUUGACAAUGCACCAUUAAUGACAGUACCUGGUCGUACACAUCCUGUGGAGAUCUUCUACACACCAGAACCAGAAAGAGAUUACUUGGAGGCUGCCAUCAGAACUGUUAUACAGAUCCAUAUGUGUGAAGAGAUGGCUGGAGAUUGUCUGCUCUUUUUGACAGGACAGGAGGAAAUAGAUGAAGCCUGCAAGAGAAUACAGAGAGAAGUUGAAAAUCUUGGACCAGAAGUUGGAGACAUGAAAUGUAUACCUUUAUAUUCUACACUACCACCAAAUCUACAACAGAGAAUUUUUGAGCCAGCACCUCCUAACAAGCCUAAUGGAGCCAUUGGAAGAAAAAUAGUUGUGUCAACAAAUAUUGCAGAAACAUCACUGACAAUUGAUGGUGUUGUUUUUGUCAUAGAUCCAGGAUUUGCUAAACAGAAAGUAUAUAAUCCACGUAUCAGAGUAGAGUCAUUACUUGUAACUGCCAUCAGUAAAGCCAGUGCUCAGCAGAGAGCUGGUAGAGCAGGACGUACAAAACCAGGAAAAUGUUUCCGUCUAUAUACAGAGAAGGCUUAUAAACAGGAAAUGCAAGACAAUACAUACCCGGAAAUCUUACGAUCAAAUCUUGGAUCUGUUGUUUUACAGUUGAAAAAGCUUGGAAUUGAUGAUUUAGUCCAUUUUGAUUUCAUGGAUCCUCCAGCCCCAGAAACUUUAAUGAGAGCUUUAGAGUUAUUAAAUUACUUAGCAGCUUUAGAUGAUGAUGGAGAGCUGACAGAACUUGGGUCAAUGAUGGCAGAGUUUCCACUUGACCCACAGUUAGCUAAAAUGGUCAUAGCCAGUUGUGAUUUUGGAUGUUCCAAUGAAAUCCUCUCCAUUACAGCAAUGUUGUCAGUCCCACAGUGCUUUGUGAGACCCACUGAAGCUAAGAAAGCAGCUGAUGAAGCCAAGAUGAGAUUUGCACACAUAGAUGGAGACCACCUGACAUUGCUAAAUGUGUACCAUGCCUUUAAGCAAAGUCAAGAAGAUCCACAGUGGUGUUAUGACAACUUUGUGAACUACAGAUCAUUGAAGAGUGCAGAUAACGUGAGACAACAGUUGGCCAGAAUUAUGGACCGCUUUAAUUUACGACGAACAAGUACAGACUUUUCGAGCCGGGAUUACUACAUCAAUAUCAGAAAGGCUUUGGUGUCUGGAUUUUUCAUGCAGGUUGCACAUUUAGAAAGGACAGGACAUUAUCUUACAGUAAAAGACAACCAAGUUGUCCAGCUUCAUCCUUCAACAUGUCUCGAUCACAAACCAGAAUGGGUGCUUUACAAUGAAUUUGUAUUGACUACAAAGAAUUAUAUACGUACAGUCUCAGAUGUCAAACCUGAAUGGUUAGUUGCAAUAGCACCUCAAUAUUAUGAUAUGGACAAUUUCCCUCAAUGUGAAGCUAAGAGACAACUAGAAAGAAUUAUAGCAAAGUUUGAAUCUAAAAAGUUUCAACAGGAAGGAGCUGCAACAUAUUGAUGAUAUUGUGAAAUUAGUUAUGUUAUAUGUAAACAGUUACAUUUAAUGUCAUCUGUGAAAGAAUCAUAGCUAUCCUUCAUUUUGUCUGGACUAUUUCUCUCUAUAUGGGGAGACAACUCAUGAGGGUUGAUAUGAUGCUUUAUUGUUACGGUUAACAUGGAAAUUCUUGUUGACUGAUGUUUUAAUGAUUACUGGAACAUUCAAAGCUGGUUUAUUUAUCACAAAUUAACUUACUGAAAUAAAUAAUCAUUAUUGAAACAAAAGAUUUCAGCUUUGAAAGUUAUAGGUUAACAUUGUACAUUUCAUCAUAUUUUGUCAAUUUUAUAUGAGCGUAAAUUAUCAAUAUAUCAUGAUAAAUGUCAUUCUAAAGUAAAUGUAUGAGACCAAGGAUAGAAGGAUUUUUUUUCUUUUGCAUGCCAUAAGACAAUAUUGCCUGUGCUUUCCCAUACAACCUAGUAUGUCUUGAUAUUCUCCUUUAUGUUGUUUCUGAGAUAACCCCCCAUAUUAUACAGGAACUGGUAGUUGUGUAUUGAUCACACUAGCUGACUAGGACUUUUAAAUACUUGAAAGGUUAAAUUACAUAUUCCAUUGUUAUAUCUCUUCAAAUGUCUCAGUAUGCUCAGCAUUGUUAGGGUAUCAUGAUCUAGCAGUGUUAUACAUUGAUAAAUUCUUCAUAAUUGCAUUAUACAAAUUUUAUUUUGUAUAAGAAUUUGGAAACUGCAUACAUUUGAGAGCAGCAAAAACAAAAGAGCAAAAGGGUCACAGAAACAGUCAAAACAUCUUAAUGUCACCUGCUUUAGAGAGAUUUGCAACAUUAGUUUAUUAAAAAUGCAGACCUUGCAAGGGCUGUUUAGCCAGUCAAGGUCGUUAAAAACUUUCAUCACCAUGCCAGCAAUGAUGCACCUGCAGAUAUACCAUGGGACAAAUUGUAUAUCACAAAACUCAAAGUUUAAUGGUUUAUUUACUUAAAAUUAGUUUUCUUUAUGAUUUGGGAAAUUAAAGGCUGUAGUUUCAAAAUUAAGUAUAAAUCACUGCAACUACACAUUCUUCACAUUAUAAUAGUAGCUAGCGGACGAACCCCCUUUGAAAACAAAUAAGCACUGUUAAAGUCAAUAUUCUGUUGGAAUUGUUACUGUUAAAGUCUUGUUUGUGAGUCCAACAAACCCCCCCCCCCUUUGGAAAUUCCUGGCUACAUGCCCGAGCGGUAUAAUUUAACAGAAGUCAAUAAUCUGUAAAUUAUGACAGAUAGGUAUUUGGGAACAUUCAAAUAUCUUUCUAGUAAUGGUGAAUUCACUGUUUUAGUAUACAAUACAUUCUGGGUAAUAUUAUCGAAAGGGUAACCAAAAUGUUGUGACAUUUUUUUUUUCUUUAUGGGAUGCAAAAAAUAGAAUUACCCAUAGUUCUUUAUAUUCUGAAACCUGCAAUUGAUGUGUACUUGUUUCAUAAAUUAAUAACCCAACAGGUAUCACAACAGUGCUUUCUCUAAGAGUUCUGGACCUGAAAAAGCAUCUAGAAAGUUGACUGUUAUGUCUAUCAAUUUAUACAACUAUGGAUACAUUGAGUCUGAAGAAACAUUUUGUCAAAAAUAAAGAGGAAAAUAUUCUUAUAUCUAGUACACUGUGGUGAUUCCUGUCAAGGACUAGAUAGAAAUAAAAAUGAUAGUUAAAGAUAUUUUAUUUUUUUUAAAUAUUAUAUUAAGCUGUGCAGGUGUUUUAUUAAAACAGCUAUAUAAAUAGUUUAUCCCAGUUCAAAUGUCAAAUUUUACUGAAAGAUUAUGUUAACUCAUUUUAUAUUGUUGUCUGUAUAAUUAAAAUUGUUAUAGAGAUCAUA